UUGGGAGGUGAGCGGACAUGAGCGGGAAUGGCGGGAUUAGGGCCCUGGAGCUGUUGCGAUCCCUGCCCAGGGUCAGUCUGGCUAACCUAAGGCCCAGCCCAGGCUCCAAAAAGCGGGAGAGAAGACGCGGCCGUGGAAGAUACGGAGGUAGGAAGUGUGGUCGAGGUCACAAAGGAGAAAGACAAAGAGGAAAUCGGCCCCGAUUAGGCUUUGAGGGUGGUCAAACUCCAUUUUAUUUGGCCAUACCAAAAUAUGGGUUUAAUGAGGGACAUAGCCGCAGACGUCAGUAUCAACCGCUCAGUCUUCAGAGGCUGCAGUACCUGAUUGAUUUGGGUAGAGUUGACCCCACGCAACCGAUUGACUUAACACAGCUCACUAAUGCCAGAGGUGUAACAGUGCAACCUCUCAAAAGGGAUUAUGGUGUCCAGCUGGUGGAGGAGGGUGCUGAUAUCUUUUCAGCAAAAGUAAAUAUUGAAGUGCAGAGGGCAUCUGAAUUAGCAAUUGCAACCAUAGAAAAAAAUGGAGGUGUUGUAACAACAUCAUUCUACGAUCCAAGGAGUUUGGAAAUUUUGUGUAAGCCAGUAGUAUUUUUUCUGCGUGGCCAGCCUAUUCCAAAGCGAAUGCUUCCACCUGAAGAUCUAGUCCGUUACUACACAGAUGCCAGGAAUCGUGGGUACCUGGCAGAUCCAGCUAAGGUUGCAGAAGCCCGGCUUGAACUUGCCAAGAAAUAUGGUUAUAUCUUACCAGACAUAGCUAAGGAUGAACUCUUCAAAAUGUUAAGCACACGCAAGGAUCCUAGACAGAUAUUUUUUGGUCUUGCUCCAGGAUGGAUCGUAAACAUGGCAGACAAGAAAAUUCUAAAACCGACUGAUGAGAGGCUGUUAAAAUACUAUAGCUCAUGAAUUCAGGACUGGAGACAACUGCAGGUGUACAGGAAACAUCUGGGUAUGAAAUAAUGGAACGAAAUGGUGUUUGUUUUUUUUAAGACUCCUGUUAUACUAGACAAAACAUAAAUUUUUGUUUAUGUAAUCUUCUGGUGUAGCUCUCAACUUUUUUUAUUGUCAUAAUACAGUGUAUGAAAAGUCUUAACAUUUGGAAACAGUGUGUGUUCAGGCACUUUCUGUUGCAAUGAUUUGCCAGUUAUUUUUUCAGACAAAAUGUUCUGAUGUUGCCUUUAUUUCAGAGGACGAUUCCAAAGAGUAACUUGACUUAAUAAUUAGUUUAAAUUUCCCCCCCCCUCAAUUUAAAAGUCAGAAACAUGGCCGUACAAAACUAAUAUUAGUCCAAUCAUAUUACAAAGCAUUAUAUUUUAUGUUUUAAAAAAGGUAUCUUGAAUACCUCUAAGAGGUAGACAAUCUAUUUUUUGGAUGGGGAAAAUUAAAAACAAACAGAAAUAACAAGGUACAGAAGAAUUCAUUAACGUCUUCAAUUCCAUAGCAAUGUUUUGGAUUUUGCUGCUGUCAUCGAUAGCACCAGAGCUUGAGAGGUCUUGAUCUUUGUCUUACUCCUUCAGAUGGAAUUAAGAAAGGCAGGGUGUGCAGUUUAAAAGAACUUUCUAUCUAAAUUAAAAAAAUAAAUAGCAUAAAUCAAUGGCUUUUAUUAUUCAAACAAUUUAAAACUUGUCCAGACACAAAUGUAAUGUCACUAAUAAAAAUGCAUAGCAGAAUCCAGAGUCAAUGAACAUUAGACAGUGACAGUAGAUCAUGAAGGAUGGGGAUGUGACAGACAAAGCAAACAGUUAGGGUGCAGUUUUCAGCUUUAUCACAGAUUGCAUAUGUGACUGGACACAUUAAUUUAGAUAUUGUGAAAAGUUGUGAACACAUUAUUUUUAUGGGAAACAGUAUUUUAAUCACACCAACUGGAUACAAUCUUGAAAAAUAUUUUCCAACAAAUGUUUCUUUCAUCAAUCUCUCCAGAAUACUAUUACUAUGCAAGAGUAUUCUAGGUUUCAUAGAGAAGUUUAGGAUUGGGCAUUUGAAGAUGAGAGAGGAGACUAAGUUAAUCUAUCAGAACUUGAUCUGACUCCUCAGAAGUUAAAUGAGAUGCUUCAUAAUUACAUGAACUUUAAUGGAAGCUGAAUUUGGCUUUAAAACAGGGAUAACUUGGUUAUUAGGAUGCAGGAAACAGUCCGGAAAAACAGAACACAAGUCUUGCUUUCCAAUUUUUAUGUGCCUCUGGAAAUGCUGCUUAUAGUUUCCUGUAGCCAAACCAUUCCAUCUCCUAGGGGAAGCCCUCUGAGUGCCAGAAUCUCCUGUUUCUCCUGUAUAAACCUGUAUUUCACUUAUAUGCCUCAAGGGGUGGGGGACGACACCAGAUAAGUUUUUUUUUUGGUGGUGGUGUUUGUCAACCAGCCCAGAUUAUUGCUUCGCUCAGCAAACUGCAUCUGUAAUCACAAAACAAAAUAAAACAAGUCUUUUAUUCUUAUGCUGAUUAAAUAAUCUGAAAUCCAGAGAUGAACAAUGGAAAGUCACUGAUUUUUGACAACUUACUCUUCAGCUUCUAUUGUCUGUUGUUAAUGUGUGUUAGAUGCUAUCAGUAGUGGUCAUUCUCCUGACUUGUAGUUUAAGUAUAGGUGAAACAUAGCAAAACAACACCGAUAUAAAAUUGGAUUAUGAAUAGCAGGAAUUUGAUCUUAGUGGCGUUAACAUUCAUAUUUUAUAAGGUGCACAACACUUUUUUGGCACAUUAAGAAUAAUACCAUGUGCCAAAAAAAGUAUAGCUAGUGUUAACUUGAAUGUGAAGUAAAUAACUUUCUCACUUUAGAUGUAUCCUGUUCUGCAUCCUGAUGAUUGUUGGUUUAGAAACUUAAAUGACAAGCAAUACUUUUUUUUAACUUUUUUUUUUUCUUUUUGUUAUUACAAUACUACUGCCUCCAUUUGGGAAGGAGUUGAAGGGGGGGAAGAGUAUUUAUUGCCUUCCCUUAUUUGUGCCAUAAUGUUUCUGUUUUUAUGAAUCGAUUCACAAUUGUAUUUUGUGGAGGUGGUGGUACUCAACAGGAAAGCUACUUAACUGGAAGCAAAGAAGGAAGUUAGUCAUAUUAGUGAAGACCAGAAGACAAAAGUGUUUAUGUAUCAUUGUGUAUUUUUGGGAGGAGAAGAGGGGGGUAGGCAACUUUGUUUCCACUCCUGCUCUUUGUAUUAAAAUGAACAAAUUGCUCUCAGCAAUUUUUUUCGAAAUCAACUUCUUUGAUAUGCACACGCGUGCACGCGCUGGUUUCUGUAGGUUUCUAAAUGGUUUUCAGGUGAAAGGGUAACUUGGAUAAAAUGAUAACAGUGAAAGAAAGAAUGAAAACAGGAAACAGAUGUCUGGUGACGUCGAGGGAUUGGAUAGCACUUAUUCAGUGAACGACGUCUUAGUCACAAGGCAGCUGUAUCCUGGCUCUGAUACUCUAACGCUACAAAUACCUUGGAGCCAAAACAGCCACGUUCCACAAAAUCCGGUCAUUCUACUUCAUAAAGGUGAUCUUUUAUCCUCUUAUAAUUGGAGAGGGCAAAAAGGGCUGUAUGUUGCUUUAUUUAAAAUAUGCAAUGCUUGUCUUUUUUUCCUCUCUUCUGUUUACAGUACCUAGUAUUUUGUAACAGUUGUUCUGAUUUUUAUUUACUAGUGAAAAAGUGGCAAGGCUAUAGAGGAUUUCCUGUUCAUUUUAUCUCGUCAGGAACACAAGUCUCCUGGCAACCGAAUACAGAAUUAUCAAAAGCACAAGUAAGUUAUUGACAAGGUUUCGAAUAGAUCUGUAGUAAACAGCCUCCCAAUGGACUGUUGUUUAUAUGAGGGUCAGGCUCACUGAUGCAAGACGCUAAGCCAGCACUGGCAUCUAAGGCCAUUCCCUUUACUUAGGAGUAUGUACCAUGUUUUCGUGUUCGUAAGAUAAAGGAUUACCUUGGAUAUCCUGUUUUGAUAGGGGUUUUUCAUAUGCAACAAUGUAUUACACAGCAAGAAGCACCCAAUCUGCUGUAAAUGGAAAAGCACUGUCAAGUAGCUAAGGAAAAGAAAUGUUAUUUAUACCAUAAAAUACUGAAAGCCAUGUCAAUUUUUAUCAACAACAUAAUACUUUUGAAUGGUUCCUUAAUAAAACAUUACAUACGUGAGACUGAAAUAAAAAUAAAGGCCUCUGGAUGAGUA